GACGGAAUGGGGCGGGACGACCCGAGGGGACCGGCUUCGCUAUAUUGGGCCAGAGGCGAGGCAGUCCGCCCUCCGUACUCCGGAUUGGCUGAGCGCGAGCCGCGCCCCCCUCACGCCGGCGGCUUUCGCACGAGAAGUGGGCCCAUUUCGCCCCAGUUGUAGCCACACGUGCCCUCGCUGAAGGAGUGAGUGCAGAUCGGGACGGCCAGAUCCGUCGUAGACCCGGGAGCAGCGCGGGCCAUUUCAACGGAGAGAACGAGCCCCAGGAGUGUGUGCAAGGAGGCCAGGCUGAGUUAAAGCUUUUAAGAAGUUUCUUUUGCUGCGGGUCACCCUCCAUCCCCGCUCCCCACAGGGAUGUGCAGAUGGAGGCCGGAGGAGACACUGCUGCCCCAGUCCCUGGGGAUGCGGAGGACUUGGAGGAGAUGCGGUUCCCCAGUGAGGAGGCUGAAGAUGGUGAAGGGAUCCACAAGGACUUACCCGAUCCUGGAGAUGCAAGCUUGGAGAAAGCAGGAUCUAAGACCAAGGACCAGUCACCUAGACUGCUGCUCCAGUCAGAGGCUCCAUCAUGCACCUAUGGGCUCUGGAGCCCCACGGCCUCUGAGGGCAGUCCUCUGGGCGGCCCUGAGAUUGGCUCGGGGGGCCCGGGCGGGGACCCGAGCGACGAGGAUUGGCGCAGCAAGCGGAAGCACGUGUUUGUGCUGAGUGAGGCUGGCAAGCCCAUCUACUCGAGGUACGGCAGUGUGGAAGCCCUGUCAACCACCAUGGGUGUGAUGACAGCCCUGGUGUCCUUCGUGCAGAGCGCAGGAGAUGCCAUUCGCGCCAUCUAUGCUGAGGACCACAAGCUGGUGUUCCUACAGCAGGGCCCGCUGCUGCUGGUGGCCGUGUCAAGGACUCCUCAGUCAGCCGCCCAGCUACGUGGGGAGCUGCUGGCUGUGCACGCACAGAUCGUGAGCACUCUGACGCGCGCCAGCGUGGCCCGCAUCUUUGCGCGCAAGCAGAACUACGAUCUCCGCCGCCUGCUGGCCGGCUCGGAGCGCACCCUGGACCGACUUCUAGACAGCGUGGAGCGGGACCCCGGGGCCCUGCUGCUGGGCGCCGUGCGCUGCGUGCCUCUGGCUCGCCCGCUGCGGGAUGCGCUGGGCGCGCUGCUCCGACGCUGCACGGCACCCGGCCUGGCCCUCUCGGUGCUGGCGGUGGGCGGUCGCUUGGUGACAGCUGCCCAGGAGCGGACGGUGCUGGCUGAGUGCCGGCUGGACCCCGCCGACCUGCAGUUGCUGCUGGACUGGGUGGGGGCACCAGCCUUCGCGGCGGGCGAGGCCUGGGCACCCGUGUGUCUGCCCCGCUUCAAUCCUGAUGGUUUCUUCUACGCCUACGUGGCCCGCCUGGACGCCAUGCCCGUCUGCCUGCUGCUGCUGGGCACCGACCCCGAGGCCUUCCAUGACAUGGCCACCUGCCGACGCCUGGUCGAAGAGGGCAUGCACUCGCUCGGAGCCAUGCGUGCCCUCAGGGAGGCUGCCAGCUUCUCAAAUGCUGCAUCAGCCAGUGCCUCAGCCUACAGUGUGCAGGCUGUGGGCGCUCCUGGCCUCCGGCACUUCCUCUAUAAGCCACUGGACAUCCCUGACCAUCACCGCCAGCUGCCCCAGUUUACCAGCCCCGAGCUGGAGGCCCCCUACAGCAGAGAGGAGGAGCGACAGCGCCUGUCCGACCUGUACCACCGCCUGCAUGCCCGGCUGCACAGCCCCUCCCGGCCGCUGCGCCUCAUCUACCACGUGGCUGAGAAGGAGACCCUUCUGGCCUGGGUGACCUCCAAAUUUGAGCUGUAUACCUGCCUCAGCCCCCUGGUGACCAAGGCGGGCGCCAUCCUUGCAGUGACCAAACUCCUGCGUUGGGUGAAGAAAGAGGAGGAUCGGCUCUUCAUUCGUUACCCACCCAAGUACUCCACACCCCCAGCAGUCCCAGUGGCCUCUACGGACCAAGCUUCCCACAAUGGCUUGUUUACUGGCCCUUGAGAGGCAGAGCUUCCAGACUGGGCAAUGUUGAGAACCACCAUCUUGGGCUUUUACCUUCUGUCUUCACCCUGGAAAUGGGGCAGGGUUGGGGGGUUGAUGGUGGUAGUAUGUCUGUGUGUGCUCAGUCGCUCAGUCAAGUCCGAUUCUUUUGCAACCCCACAGACUGUAGCCCGCAAGGUUCCUCUGUCCAUGGAGUUUCCCAGGCAAGAAUACCAGGGUGGAUUGCUGUGUCCUGUGGCUGGUCCCUAUCUCCCUGGGCAGUGCAGCAGGAUUUGGGGGGCUGCCCACCAAAGACACAUGGGUGGCAGUGUGAUUGCACACAGGUGAGCAGGCUGCCUGACCAGCCCCCUCAUGCCCCUCUGUCUCUGGGAAAAUCCUUGAGACUCCCUCUUCCCCUCCCUCUGCCUUCACCUCCUCCACUGGGAUGGUGUUCCAGCCUCUGUCAGGGACCGUCUCCUCCAUUCCUGGACACCACACGCUCAGUCCUGCGUCAGGGGCCUGCCUCCUCCCUGGGAUCUCAGCCCAGAGUGUCUAGGGCUGGCCAAGGUCUCCCUUGGUGGCCCACGGCAGUUCUGGAAUUGGAAAUGUAGGACUAAGUCUGUGCCCUGAAACAGCCUGAGGAUAUUUUUAAAGAAAAGAGAACUGCACAUAAAAGGCCUAAAACUGAUAUCCACAAGGACGUUUCCUUUGCCCUUCAUGUGCUUCAUCUUUACCCAGUAAAAAAUGACCCCAUCAGCGCUGGCUGCUGCUAAUAUUAAUAAGAAGGUGACCUCCAGCGUCUACCUGCCUGUGUAACCCGGGGCAAAGUACUCGACUUCACACAGUGACUGAGAUCCAGAAUUUUUACACAGAUCCACUUAGCUUCCACGGCCCAUUCUAUUCAUUUGUGAGCUGGAGAUAACUAACCGCUCAUAGGCUGUUAAAUGAGGAUUUGUGAAAGAGGACUGCACCACUUGAACCGCACAGCACCUGCACAGUCGUCCCAGACUCACAAACCGCACAACCCAGGCAAAGAUGAGAGAGAGAGAGAGGCCUGCCUGUAAUUUCUAUGUGUGUGUGCAACACUCAACACCCCAACAACCAAGACCCUAGUCCUGCCUCGGGUUUCGCUAAGCUGGAGCUUGGAGCCUCGUGCUGCACGUGUGUGUGCUAACUGUCGCUCAGAGAUCUCUGGGUGGUCCACUUUGGUGAGCUGAUCACCCGUUGCUCUUCACCCUGCUCAACUGAUGCGCAGAGACGCACUGGACGCGUGCACGCUGUACCGCCUUUCUGCCAUCGCGUGGUUUUGUUUUGUUUUUGUUUAAACCAAUCACCAAAGCGCACGCGUAUCAGCUGCGUGCUGGAAGAUGGCGGGGAAGCUGGAGCCUCGGGAAGUGAAGUCGCCAAAAGUCGUGGAGGAUGGCGAAGGUAGUGAGGGCAAGGGGCCUCUGGCAUCCAGGGCUGAAGGGAGGGAACCUUCGUCCCCUUGCCGUAGUGCAGUGUGUAGUCACUCCGUCGUGUCCGAGUCUGCAACCCCGUGGACUAGCCCUCCAGACGCCUUCGUUCAGGGGAUUUCCUGGCAAGAAUACUGGAGUGGGUUGUCUUCUCUAAGGCAUCUUCCCAACCCAGGGAAGAAACUGGGAUCUGCAUUGCAGGCGAAUGCUUUGCCGUCUGGGCCACCAGGGAAGCCCUUUGUCUGCUACAAUAAUGAAAUACUGGUACCAGUUCUAAAAAUAAAAAAAAAUUAAAAACUGCUGUUUAACGAAGCGGAGAUAAAAACAUAAUUCUCAGCAUCUAGAUUAACUUGUCGAUUUUAUUGAUUAUACUUGAGUUAAAUAGAUCGAAUACGUCAGUAUUCAUCUUUUCAAACAAUAAAGGGGUGGAUCUCACAAAACCCACUCGAGUGCUGCCACAUCUAAGAAAACUUAACAGUAAUUCCAAUAUUGUCAUUUCACACCGAGCACAUGCCACACUUUGCAUGGACUCUUAAAUCUUAAUCGUGGAUGGCCACUCUCAAGAGAGCUGCUUUUCUCCCGGGCAUUUUGUUAAUACUGAUGCCCCCUACCCCAGUGAGAGGAAAGACAAAAUUGUUCUAGAGGGAGUUGGAAAUCGCAGUCUAGGCAAAAGAAGAAAAUUGUCUAAGACAAUGAUACCCCGCUAUGCCUCUAGCACUUUUUUUAACUAUAAAAAUUUUCAAAGUGUACCUAAGCACAGAAAAUAAAAUGAAUGCCCAUGUACUGGUCACUGUGUAUAUACAGUUGUCAACUCUUUGCCCUCCUUUCAUCUAUCUGUGACCUUCCUACACACUCUUUAGACCACCUUAUUGGUAAUAAACACAUUGGAUUACAUCUUUCCAAACACAUCUAUGCAGAUGACAACAGUGAUUAUGAUUAUGUACUUGUAUAUUGUCUGCCCUACGUUGUGAGCUUGAGAACAGACCAUUCAUUACCAUUUCCCCAGCACCUGAAACAGUGCUUACUUGGCAAAAGUAGGUGCUCAGUAAUUUUCUUUUUUAUUGUAUGAAUAAUGAAAUAACACUGAGAGUUCUCUUAGAUUAUGGCCUCAUGUUGAGUGCAAGCUUUCAACAAGAAGAUGCCAAUAAAUUGCCCUUAUUAAGCUCUUAAUAUAGCUGCUACUAUGGGGAGAAAAACUAGUAUUACUACAUUUUUUUAAAAAAGGAAGUUAUGAUUAACUUCACCAGCAAUGGAGAAAAUUGAAAAGCGUAUCAAGUUGCCCUUUCUAAACCAUCCAAAUUGGCUUUAGAACAGGAAGAAUAUCUGCUAUUGAUUACUCUGGCAGAACAGGACUUCUUUUGCACUGAUAGUAGAAGUGGCCAGCAAAGGCUUUGCUGGAGGCAGUUUGUCAGAAUACGCAUAGCAUCUAAAACGCUAUUUCUUAUCUUUCGUCGCCAUGCUUGAAAAUCAUAGAAUACACAGAUGUGUGGACCAGGCAGGGUCAUUGGAAAGUUGUUGAUGGGAGCAAAACACAGAAACAAUCAUGGAAAUGGCUAACUUUAAGUAUAUUCACGCAUUAUGGAAUGCCUAUGUGGUGGACAUUGUUUUUUUUAAAGAGGCAGGAAGAAAUAAUUAAAUUCGAAUUUAAUUCAUUACAGUUAAUUUUAAAAGGAGAAGAUUAUAGGAAUUCCCUGACAGUCCAGUGAAUUAGGACUCAGCACUUUAACUGUUGUGGCCACGGUUCAAUCCUUAAUUGGGGAACUAAGAUACUGCAGGCCUUGCAGCACGGCCGGAAAAAAAGGGCGAACACCAUGAUUCGCUAACACAGAGUAAGCUUCACAGGGAUCAUGUUCUCAUGAGAGAAAGCAAGUUGGAAUUAAGAAAAAGAGGCAGUUCAGUUAUACAAUUAUAGCUCUAUGUGUAUUACAUAGAAAAAUGUCUGAAGGCUAAAGGCCUAACUGGUGACUCUGAACAAGGGUCUUGAAUUUUGGAGGUUGUGCAGAAGUGAAAGCAUUUUUUUGAAUUUUAAAGGAAAAUGCCAGUAGUAAUGAAUAACUUUAAAAUAUCUGUUGAAUGGCAUCUGGGGAUUGUACAUUAAUAUUGGUCUAGUUAUUAACAUCUCUAUUUUGAUGGUUAUACUGGUAGAGUUCCCUUAUAAAUACGUACUGGAAUAUUAAGAAAUAGUGGGUUAUGAUGCCUGCAAUUUGUGUGCAGAAAUGCUCCCAAAUGUGGAAUCUGAUGCAGGGGCAAAUAGCACUGUGGCCUAUUUCUACAGUUUUCAUGUACGUCUGAAAUUAUUUAAAAAUAAAAUGUUUCAAAGGGG